UAUGCUGCAACAAGUAAAAUUAGUUGGAGUUGGAGGGACUGAGAGAAGCCGAGCUGUGAAAUGGCGGUGGCAUCUUCCUCGUCGUCGUCAUCGUCAUCGCCGGUACGGUGGUGGAGGACGGCGUUUCUGACCGUGAGAGACGAAACCCUAACAACUCCUCUGCGCACUCCAAUCCCCGAACUCCUCCACCAUUUCAUCUUCUCCCAUUCUCACACUCUCCUAUCCGCCGCUCCCUCCCUCCCUCCCCAGGAAGUUACCUCCGAUUUGCUGUUCGUCAUGGAACUCAUCACCACAAGGCCUCACGGCAUUGAAGACAUGACCCCUACCUUCACUCACACAACUCACUUGAUCCAUGACAUCUCCCAUCGUCUUCCUCUUGAGAUCAAUUCAGCUUCGUGGACUCUCAUCCUCGACGCUUUUAACAAAAUGCUUCGAGUUUUCGUCAGCUCUUCGACAUUCACCCCCGUAAUGGAAGCUCUACAGACCCUAAGACGUGUUAUGAGCACGUAUCAGAGGAAGUGUUCGACGGCGGAUGAGUUUCAGCUGGUAAAGUUCCUUCUGCGCAUCAUUGAGAGCUCUCAUGCGGAGCUGAGUAGCUCAUCACACUCAAUCCGCAGCCAAAGCUCUGUUCUUGAAGCUGGAAAGAGAAUGCCAGUGUGGGAAAAUCAGACCCUUGCAUUUACUAUGCUUGGAGAGACAAUCUCUAGAGUUGGCUCAUCCUUGCCUGUGGACAUCUGGAGAUCAAUGAUUGAGGUUUUUAGGAAAGUGAUGGAUGCCUUGGCAGCUAAAAGCCUUGUGGAAGACACUGCUAUGUCCAGGUUUUAUUUAUCUCUUCUGCAUUGUCUGCAUUUGACUCUAGCAGACCGUAAGUGUUCCCUUUCUGACCACGUGUCAGGUUUUGUGGCUGCUUUGAGAAUGUUCUUUUCCUAUGGCAUUAGUAGUAGAACUCAACUUACGUCUCCUGUAGUUGGUCAAAAGGAGAAGGAACUUAGUUUAGCGAGCCUUAAGAUGCGUUUGGAAGAUCCUAAAAAGACUGAUCGCACCCCAUAUAGGCCUCCACACCUACGCCAAAGGGACAGUUCAAAUACGAAGCAGACUGGAGCUCGGGGUUCUCAAAGUUUAUCAGAUCAUGAAUCUUCCGUACUUGAUUUUGCAUCAUCAGAUUCAGAUUAUAGUGACAGUGAUGGAUCAAUUAAAGAGACUGAAAACAUUCAGAAAUCAAAAGUCAGAGUUGCUGCAAUAGUUUGUAUACAGGAUCUUUGUCAAGCUGAUUCCAAAUCAUUUACUAGCCAAUGGACGCUGCUUUUGCCAACAAGUGAUGUACUACAACCUAGGAAGUAUGAAGCAACACUAAUGACAUGCUUGCUAUUUGAUCCUUAUCUAAAGGCACGGAUUUCAUCUGCCUCAACCCUGGAAGCAAUGUUGGAUGGUCCAUCUUCAGUUUUUCUGCAGGUAGCAGAAUUCAAGGAAUCUUCUAAACGUGGAUCUUUCACAGCUCUUUCAAGUUCCCUUGGACAUAUACUCAUGCAGCUUCAUACAGGUAUUUUAUACUUAAUUCAACGUGAAAGUCAUAGUAGAUUGAUGGCAUCCUUGUUCAAGAUUCUCAUGCUUUUGAUAUCAUCUACACCAUAUUCACGAAUGCCUGGAGAAUUGUUGCCAACAGUUUUUACAUCUCUACAAGAAAGGAUAAAAAAUGGGUUUCCAUUCAAAAGUGAUCAGACUGGUCUGCUGGCUUCUUGUAUUAGUUGCUUGACAACAGCUCUGAAUAUCUCACCAUCUUCACUGCAAGUUAAAGAAAUGCUUCUGAUUGAGAUAUGUAAUGGUUUUGCUGAGGCUAAAAAGAAGUCUGGUGUUCUUUGUACAUUAUUUCAAUUUUCAGAACAAGUGACCAACCCAACGAUAUGCUUUGAGGCUCUUCAGGCUCUUAGGGCUGUUUCACACAAUUACCCAAGUAUUAUGUGUUCCUGUUGGGAACAAAUUUCCGCCAUGGUUUAUGGUCUUUUGAGGGCAGCUACUCCUGAAGUUCCUGCAGGGUCUUGGAAGGGGCAUACUGGAAAUUUUGUUGGAUUUAUUGGGGAAAAAGUCAUUACAGCUGCUAUUAAAGUUUUGGACGAAUGUCUACGUGCAAUAUCUGGAUUUAAAGGAACUGAAGACCCUUUAGAUGAUAAAUUACUUGAUGCCCCAUUUAUUUCUGACUGUGUAAGGAUGAAGAAAGUUUCAUCGGCUCCUUUGUAUGAACCAGAGAGCGCAGAAAAUACUAGAGAUGAACCCACAUCAAGUCAAUCCGGAAAUGAACAGUGGUGUGAGGCAAUUGAGAAGCAUAUGCCUUUGGUUCUACACCAUACUUCUGCAAUGGUGAGAGCUGCCUCGGUUACUUGUUUUGCUGGUAUAACUUCUUCUGUCUUCAUCUCAUUCUCAAAGGAAAAGCAAGACUUCAUUCUUUCUAAUUUAGUGCGUUCUGCUGUAAAUGAUGACGUGCCUUCAGUUAGGUCAGCUGCUUGUCGAGCCAUUGGCGUCAUUUCAUGCUUUCCUCAAGUUUCUCAAAGUGCAGAGAUUCUUGAUAAGUUUAUUCAUGCUGUGGAGAUUAACACUCGUGAUCCCUUGGUCUCGGUGCGAAUAACUGCUUCUUGGGCUUUGGCAAACAUAUGUGAUUCUUUUCGUCAUUGUAUUGAUGAUUUUGCCUUGAAACAGUCUGGAGGCUCUCCUGAAAUAUCUAAAUUAUUCACAUUAUUAACUGAGUGUGCUUUGCGUCUGACUAAGGAUGGAGACAAGAUUAAAUCAAAUGCUGUAAGGGCUCUAGGGAAUCUUUCAAGAUCUAUCAAAUAUACGAGUGAUAGUGACAGGACAGCGGACAAUAAGGGCUCAUCUCUAAAGGGCACUAAACCUGAGGAAUUACCGUCAAGCAAUUACAGGGCAGGAAGCCAAGAAGAUGUAUCAAUAUCACGCCAUCCAGCUUCUUUGGGAGAUUCACGUUGGCUUGAAAAGGUCGUUCAGGCAUUUAUUUCUUGUGUUACAACUGGUAAUGUUAAGGUCCAAUGGAAUGUUUGUCAUGCUUUGAGCAACCUGUUUCUGAAUGAGACAUUAAGACUGCAAGACAUGGAUUGGUACAGUGAGACAACCAGUUACAAUGCCAUUUGUUUGCUAAUAUUGUUCUGUGUGAGGGCUUCGUCCGUAUUUAGUAUUCUACUACUACUAUUACGUGAUUCUUCGAACUUUAAGAUCAGGAUCCAAGCUGCUGCUGCUCUGGCGGUGCCAGCAUCAGUACUUGAUUAUGGGGAAUCCUUCUCCGAUGUCAUCCAGGGUCUGGUGCAUAUAUUAGAGAAUCAAGGUUCAGACCAUAUUGCAUCACCAUCAAAUUUCAAAUAUAGAGUUGCACUUGAAAAGCAGUUGACCUCAACUAUGCUGCAUGUUCUUAUCCUCGCUUCAAGCUCUGAUCGUGAACCCGUCAAAGAUAUUCUUGUGAAAAAAGCGUCAUUCCUUGAAGAUUGGUGCAAGGCACUGUGCUCGUCACUAGGAGAGACAAGCUGUCAAGCUGAAGUUGAAAACAAUAAGUUCAUCGAGAAUCCGAAGAAAGAGAUGAUACAUAAUGCAAUUGUGUCGCUAAUUCAAUUGUACAAUUGCAGGAAGAAUCACGCAAUUGCGCAGAAAUUUGACAAGUUAGUGAACAGCAUCCAGUGAAUUCUCUCAGUUACGGGAAAUGCUACUCUUUGAAGACAGAUAUUUAAUUGUGAUAUGAGAUUGUAGGGAAGCACCGUUGGGCGGCUGUUAGAAAAACAAGGGGGCUCGUCAGCAUCAUAUGCUAAUUAGGUUGUAGCUCUCUCCUUUUCUUUUCUUUUUUUUCCAGAUUUGGUGCCUUUUUCUUGGGUAUGGGUAUGGAGGAAGGAGGGGGUUGGUUAAGAUCCUAAAUAGGUGAAAUUUGUUUUAUUGUUGUGCAUGUAUAACAUUAUAGUUGUCCUUUAUUUAAUUUAUGACCUUAUUGUAUGGUUUCUGUGGACUAAAAUAUAAAAGUUCCUUUCGGCUA